CAGUAACAGACAAAAUUACUGACGCAACCUACACCCUGUAUUACUGAACAAAUAUGUCCUGGAAGGUCUUGGUCUGUAUUAUCUCUGUUGCGGUUUUCAUCAAAACGGACAGCGUUAAAGCCUAUAAUGACCAUUUCCACAGAAAAUAUGACAGAAUUUGCAGACGACUGGGAUAUCAGAGAAACUUCGAAUUGGACAAAAGUAUCGUUGCCUUUAACGCUCGACUUGCAACAAACCAGAUAAACUUGCCCCCACAUGCUGUUGUUGCCUUUAGAAAAGUAACCCUUAACGAAGGGAAUGCUUAUGACGCAGACACAGGAAAAUUUACAGCACCCACUGACGGAAUUUAUUCCUUCACAUGGACCAUCCUAACGAGACCUGGGGAUUUGUUCCAAACAUACCUUCUCCUGAACGGCAACAAAGUUGGAUUCAACAAUGUCCAUGGCAGAAAAAGUGACAACUACGAAACAGGAACGACCACAAGUAUAAUAAAGAUGAAGGAACAUGAUCGUGUGUGGCUAUCCACAGUUGCAAGAGCAGGUUUUGCCCAUAGAGACUGGAGUUCUUUUUCUGGCUUUCGACUUUAAUUUGAUUGCUAAAUAUUCGUAAAUGACAAAAUGUCAUUAGCUCUAUUUUCUUGAAACUUUUAUAAUUUCAACACUUUUGAACUGUGAAUAAUAAAUUGAGUGUAAAAUUUA